ACGGGCGCCAUGGAGGCCGUGCCCCGCAUGCCCAUGAUCUGGCUGGACCUGAAGGAGGCCGGCGAGUUCGCCUUCAACGCCGCCGUCAAGAAGUUUGUCUUGAAGAACUACGGGGAGAACCCGGAGAGCUACAACGAGGAGCUGCGCAAGCUGGAGGCGCUGCGGCAGAACGCCGUCAACGUCCCCAGGGACUUCGAGGGCUGCAGCACGCUGCGGAAAUACUUCGGGCAGCUCCACUACCUGCAGAGCCGGAUCCCGAUGGGUGCCGAGCAGGAGGCCGCGGUCCCCAUCGCGUGGACCGAGAUCUUCUCGGGCAAGACGGUGACCCACGAGGACAUCAAGUACGAGCAGGCGUGCGUCCUCUACAACCUGGGUGCGCUGCACUCCAUGCUGGGCGCCAUGGACAAGAGGGUGUCAGAGGAGGGCAUGAAGGUUUCGUGCACCCACUUCCAGUGCGCUGCCGGGGCCUUCACCUACCUGCACCACUUCCCCCACUCGUACAGCGUGGACAUGAGUCACCAGAUCCUCAACCUCAACAUCAACCUCAUGCUGGGCCAAGCGCAGGAGUGCCUGCUGGAGAAAUCCAUGCUGGACAACAGGAAGAGCUUCCUCGUGGCCCGGAUCAGCGCCCAGGUGGUGGAUUACUACAAGGAGGCCUGCCGGGCGUUAGAGAACUCGGAGACGGCCUCGCUGCUGGGCAAGAUCCAGAAGGACUGGAAGAAGCUGGUUCAGAUGAAGAUCUACUAUUUUGCCGCCGUGGCCCACCUGCACAUGGGAAAACAGGCCGAGGAGCAGCAGAAGUUCGGGGAAAGGGUCGUCUACUUCCAGAGCGCUCUGGAUAAGCUCAACGAGGCUAUCAAGCUGGCAAAGGGCCAGCCCGAAACCGUCCAGGAAGCCCUGAGGUUCACCAUGGACGUGAUCGGCGGCAAGUACAAUUCGGCCAAAAAGGACAACGACUUCAUCUACCACGAAGCCGUGCCCGCCUUGGACACCCUGCAGGCCGUGAAAGGUGCCCCGCUGGUGAAAGCCCUCCCCGUCAACCCCACGGACCCGGCUGUCACCGGCCCCGAUAUCUUCGCCAAGCUGGUGCCCAUGGCUGCCCACGAGGCCUCCUCGCUCUACAGCGAGGAGAAGGCCAAGCUGCUGAGAGACGUGAUGGCCAAGAUCGAAGCCAAGAACGAAGUGCUGGACCAGUUCAUGGACUCCAUGCAGCUGGACCCCGAGACCGUGGACAACCUGGACAUGUACAGCCACAUCCCUCCCGUCCUGAUGGAGAAGUGCGCCGCGCUCAGCGUGCGCCCCGACACCGUCAAGAACCUCGUCCAGUCCAUGCAGGUGCUCUCUGGGGUCUUCACCGACGUGGAGGCCUCCCUGAAGGAGAUCCGAGACCUCCUCCAGGAGGACGAGGCUCAGGAGCGGAAGCUGCAGGAGCUGCUGGGGAAGGGCCCGGCGCCGCGGGGCUCCCCUCCGCCGCCCUCCGCGGGGCUGGCCGAGGUCAGCAAGGAGUGCUCCAAGUACAUGGAGGUGCACGAGAAGGCCAGCUUCACCAACACCGAGCUGCACAAGGCCAUGAACCUGCACAUCGGCAACCUCCGCCUCCUCGGCGGGCCGCUGGAGCAGGUCCGGGCCGCGCUGCCCUCGCCCGCGUUGACCGAAGACGACAAGCAGGUGCUGCAGAACCUGAAGCGGAUCCUGGUCAAGGUGCAGGAGAUGCGGGACCAGCGCGUGUCCCUGGAGCAGCAGCUGCGCGAGAUGAUCCAGAAGGACGACAUCACCACCUCGCUGGUCACCGCCGACCGCUCCGAGAUGAAGAAGCUCUUUGAGGAGCAGCUGAAGAAGUACGACCAGAUCAAGGUGUACCUGGAGCAGAACCUGGCCGCCCAGGAGAACAUCCUGAAGGCGCUGACGGACGCCAACGUCAAAUACGCAGCCGUGCGCAAGGCCCUGGCCGAGGUGGAGCACAAGUGGAAUGCCACCGUCCAGACCUUGGUGGCCUCCUACGAAGCCUACGAGGACCUGAUGAAGAAGUCCCAGGAGGGGAAGGAUUUCUACACCGACCUGGAGGGGAAAGCCGCCAAGCUGCUGGAGAAGGCGCGGGCGGCCUGCCAAGCUGCCGAAGCCAACCGGCAGCAGAUCCUGGAGAAGGAGAUGAAGAAGCACCCGCCCCCCCGCCCCACGGCCCCCAAGCCGGCCCUGCAGAAGAAGCCUCCGGAGCUGGAAGCGGGCGGGCCGGAGGCAGCCGAGGUGCCGCAGCUCGGCUCCCUGGGCUUGGCCGACCUGCCCGAGGAGCUGCGCAGCCUGCCCCCCGACGUGCUGGCCGGGCACCUGGCCCGCCUGCCCCCCUCCACGCUGGCCGCUCUCGCCCUCGACCCGCUCUUCCCCGCCGCCCCCCUGGUCCGCGGCGCGGUGCAGCCCGGCUACGCGGGGCCCCACGUGCUGCCCCCACGCUCGUCCCCGCAGCACGGCCCCGCUGCCUCCUACGGCCUGGGCCAAGCCGGGCUGCCCGCACCCGGCCCCCUCAGGCCCCCAGCCAUGGGGCCGGCCCCCGUGGGUGCCCAGCCACCACCCGCGGGUGGCCCCGAGCAGGGCCCGGCCACCCGGCCGGCCACCACCACCGUGGACAGCGUCCAGGCCCCCAUCUCCAGCUGCGCGGCCCCCCCACGGCUCCCCAGCCAGGGCCCGGCCGUGCCCCCCGGUGGCUUCCUGCCCCCCCAGCGCCCGGGCGCCCCCCCCGCCUCCUUCCCCUACGCCCCGGGGGGGCUGCAGCAGCCUUUCGGGCAGCCGGCUCCGCACCCCUUCCCUCCUGGGCAGCACCCCCACGCCGCCUUCGCCCCCGCGGCGCAGCUGCAGCCCGGCAUGGAGCUGCCAGCUCGCCCCCAGGGCCUGGGGGGCCCCCAGCAGUUCCCCCCCCAAGCCCCCUUCCUGCCCCCCGGGCGACCCCAGCUCCCGCUGCCCUUCCAGCCCCCGGCCCGGCCCCCGCUGCCCCCCCAGUUUGCCCAGCAGCCCUUCUCCGGCCCCGUGGGGCAGCUGCCCCCCCCAGCCCCUGGCCAGCCCCCGCUGUGCCCCCAGCUCUACCCGCUGCCCGGCCAGGACAAGCUGCCCCCCCACGGGCUCCCCCCGCACACGGGGGCCCUGCCCUUCACCGGCCAGUCGGGCCCCCACCACGCCGCCCCUUCUCCCAGCCCGGUCCUGAGCCAGAUGCAGGGCCCGGUGGUGGUGCAGGGCCCUCUGGUCCCCUCCCCGGCACCGUCCCCGCAGCCGGCCCUGCCCCUGCAGCCCCCGGCUCUGGUGCCCGGCUCCGGCGCCCCGCCGCAGAGACCUCCGCCCUCGCUGACCCCCGGCGCGGCCCCGGGCCCCGGCGAGGCCCCCUUCCAGCGGCAGAGCUCCUCCACCGACGACCUCCUGUCCUCCAGCCCCGAGAGCCAGCACGGCGGCUCCAAGGCGGCCGUGGGCCAGCCGCUGCUGCAGCCCACCAAGGCCGACGCCAAGGAGGGCCAGAAGCCCAAGGCCCUGCAGCUCAUCGAGAACGACCCCUACGAGAAGCCCGAGCGCGUCCUGCGCCUGCUGGCUGAGCUCGACCGCUUCCGCGGGCUGGUGGAGCGCCUGGAGCGCCCGGCGCCCGGCGGCGCCGCCGCCACCGAGCUGGACGCGGUGUGGAAGGAGCUGCAGGACGCCCAGGAGCGCGACGCCCGGCAGCUCUCCAUCGCCAUCGCCCGCUGCUACUCCAUGAAGAACCGGCACCAGGACAUCAUGCCCUACGACCGGAACCGCGUCGUCCUCCGCUCGGGCAAGGACGACUACAUCAACGCCAGCAGGGUGGAGGACCUCUCGCCCUACUGCCCCACCGUCAUCGCCACCCAGGCGCCGCUGCUGGGCACCGCCGCCGACUUCUGGCUCAUGAUCUACGAGCAGAAGGUCUCCGUCGUCGUCAUGCUGGUGUCGGAGCAGGAGCUGGACAAGCAAAAGGUGCUGCGCUACUUCCCCGCGGAGCGGGGCCAGCCCGUGGUGCAGGGCCCCGUCACGCUCGUCCUCACCGGCCUGAAGGCCGCCCCCACGCACGUGGAGCGGAUGAUCACGCUGCAGUACCGCGACCAGAGCCUCAAGCGCACCGUCGUCCACCUGCAGUUCACCUCCUGGCCCGAGCUGGGCCUGCCCGACAGCAAGGGGAGCCUCCUGCGCUUCAUCCAGGAGGUGCACGGCCACUACCUGCACCAGCGCCCGCUGCACACCCCCAUCGUCGUGCACUGCAGCUCCGGCGUGGGCCGCACCGGGGCCUUCUGCCUGCUGUACGCGGCCAUGCAGGAGGUGGAGGCGGGCAACGGCAUCCCCGACCUGGCCCAGCUGGUGAAGCGCCUGCGGCAGCAGCGCAAGCACAUGCUCCAGGAGAAGCUCCACCUCAAGUUCUGCUACGAGGCCGUCCUGCAGCACGCGGAGCAGGUCCUGCACCGCCACGGCGUGGGCACGCCGCCCGUCCCCAAGCCCCCCAACAGCACCUCCCCCAAGCUCUACUUCCACCAGGACCCGCAGGACCUGGUGCUGGGGGGGGACCUGUCCAUCAGCUCCAUCCAGGCCACCAUCGCCAAGCUCAGCAUCAAGCCCGCGGGAGUAGGGGGGGAGCCUGGGGGGGCCUGGGGGCCUGAUCCUGCCCCGCUGGCGCCAUUGCCGGCGCUUCCCGACGGCGCGCUGGAUGGCGUGCUGGAUGGCAGCGCCGCGCCCCUCCCUGAGCCAACCCCCCCAGCGCCGCCCGUGCCCGAGCCCCCUGCCGAGGCCGAGAGCAGCAACCACGUGGAGGAGAGCCCCGAGCCCCCCGCGGCCGAGCCCCCGGCCCCCCCGGCCUCCGCUCCCUCCUCCUCGUCGCUGGAGCUGCUGGCCUCCCUCACGCCCGAGGCCUUCACCCUGGACGCGUCCCUGAAGGGCAAGCAGCGGAUGAACAAGCAGAACUUCCUCCAGGCGCAGACGGGCGAGGGGCUGCGGGGGCCCCGGCCCAGCGAUGACCCCCUCAGCAUGCUCGACCCGCUCUGGACACUCAACAAGAGCUGA